AUGGACUUCCGGAAGGACGCGAGCCGCCUCUGGCGCACCAUCAAGAGUCUAGACGGCAAGCCCUUCAACCCGCCGAACGGGCCCUUCUCCUCCUCCGGCGUACAGCACACGCGUGCCGACCGACUAGCGGACCUCUUCAACACGCAGUACACCCGUGUGCGGCCGCACGACCGCGACCCUCUCAUGCGGAGGACAGUCAGGAAGGUCAAGCGAACGCCACUCGAAGAUGCACCGCAGUUCACCAUAGUGGACGUCGCCGCCGCCAUCCGCCGCGCCAAGAACUCGAAGGCAGCCGGACCAGAUGGCAUCACCAUGCUGCACCUCAAGCACCUCGGCCCGCUCGGCCUCGAACGCCUCACCGACGUCAUCAACGUUUCGCUUGCGUGCUGCUCCAUUCCGGCCAUCUGGAAGAGGUCGACCAUCAUCCCACUUCCAAAAGCCGGCAAGGACCCGUCGCAGUCGACGUCGUACGGCCAGUCUCCUUGCUGUGCCCGGCAGCCAAGAUGCUAG